GUGAGUGUGGCAGCGCACUGUCACUUUAAGCCGAGCACUCAGGAGCCGGAGCGCUUGUUCAGCACAGCAGCAGCGGCAGCUCCCGCUCCUGAGCCAGACGCACCAGCACAGACAGGCUCCCUGUGCCCCCAACCCAGCUCAGCCGAGACCCGCUCCGGCGCGGCUGCCUCUAGCAGCGGGCGAGCUCCGCGCCAGCCAUGGAUCCGCUUCCCAAGGAAGGGGAGCCUGCCCCGGCGGCGGCGGGGGCCGGGGAGCCCAGCAGGGGCACUGCCUCCUCCAGCGGGGUGGUGGUGCAAGUCCGGGAGAAGAAGGGACCCCUGCGCGCUGCCAUCCCCUACAUGCCGUUCCCCGUGGCGGUCAUCUGCUUGUUCCUCAACACCUUCGUGCCAGGGCUGGGGACAUUCGUGUCUGCCUUCACUGUGCUAUGCGGAGCCCGGACUGACCUUCCCGACAGGCACAUGUGCUGCGUCUUCUGGCUGAACAUCGCCGCGGCGUUGAUUCAGAUUCUGACGGCUAUUGUGAUGGUUGGCUGGAUCAUGAGUAUAUUCUGGGGGAUGGACAUGGUCAUUCUUGCUAUUUCACAAGGCUACAAGGAACAGGGGAUUCCACAGCAGCUGUAAUGGCUGGGACAAGGGUGUUCCAAGGAACGUGGCGAGAGGUUGUGUUUGGCAGCUGUGGGCAGAAGGACCUUUCCAUUUUCACUUUUCUUUUCUCUUGUUUUUUAAACCAAUCUGUGCGUCUGUUCAGCGGAGCGGAGGUGCAGAGCAGCAGAUGGAGACCUUCACUGAUCCCUGUUAGAACCAGCAAUGAGGCAAACAUGACGUGGGUUAGGACUGGCACAGCCAGCACGUCGUGAUGGGCGGCCAAUCCCGAAGAGGGAGGAAAACAUUGGUUGAAUGAGAUGCUACUGUGGAAGAUGGGCACUUCGACCGGCAGUGAGAAGAGUGGGGAUGCUGCUUUCUCCAGCCGCUGGGUGUGAAGAAGCUGGAGACAAUUGCCCUUCUUGUAGUUCACCAUUAAAGGAUCAAGAUGAACAUCAAGAUGAAGGAUAUAUUUAUAGAUAUAUGUCCAAUAUGUAAAAGCCAAAGCUGAGUGGUACCUUGUUUCCUGAGAGUCCUUUCUUGACUGUUUUGUGAUAACAGGGGCUCAGCUCAGUCUCUCCUACUGUGUGUGUUUAUGAUGCUCACUGAACCUCUAUCGUUGCAGAUGCUCUGACGUUUUGCUUGUGGCUGCUCUAAAUCAUACUUUACUGGUGACCCAGGCUGUGAAUAUGCCCUACCUGCUUCUACCUGCUGAAAGAAGAGAAAAGACUGGACCUGCCACGAGCCAGCAACAAACUGGUUCUUAGAAAGAACUGGGACGCUGUGGUGUGACGUGUGCUUUGUGUGGGGGGUGGGUGGGGUGAGGUUUUGUGCUGUCUAAUGCUAAUGGUUUAAACUGCUAUUUACUGAGACUAAAAUGCCCAUGAAAGAGACUUGUGGAUAAAUAGCACCAUAAUGUGGAAGUUAAUAUACUUACCAUGUGUGUUUUGUUGCCCAUGUUGCAUGCUAUAGUGGUCUCGGUCCUCUUCCCAGUGGACAAGUGCCCAUAUUUCAAAGACCACUGCAACAGAUGGCACUAACUGGACACCAUGUUAGCAGUCUUAGCCACAAGGCCAAGGAUGUACCGGGGCACGGAAAAUUAACUACCCUUUCAAGCCUAGAGUGGUGGUCCCUCCAGGUCAGGGUUGAGCCAUACUGAUAUUGUGAAGCACUGCCACUGGCUAACCUUCAAAUAGAUGCAGCAUAAAGAAAGGGCUUAAGUCUCCAGGCCCCUCCAUCCAGCACACCGGAAUGAAAUUCAUGUGAAGACUGAUGGCCUGAUGUUCAGAGGGGCUGUGGGUGCUCAGCACUUCGGAAUAUCAGCCCCUUAGGGCAUUGCGAACAAUGGACAGAACCAUGUUUGCCAGUCACUUUCCAUCCAUGAGAAGAUGAUGAGAGGAGCAAUUCAGGAACAAAAUUAUACUGCCAUUGCCACCCUUUGGGAACUAUCCUUUCACCAAACUAGUUAAAAAUUCCCAUAGCCUUAAUCGAGAUGCAUCAAAACAGAGACAUGUCCAAGUGCAAGACUGCUCAGUAACUCUCUCUCUCUCAUACACAUCCCUCUUUGUUUCAGAGGUAAGAGAACCAGUGGGAGAGGGGCUAGGGCAUAAAAUCCCACCUCCACGUAGCUUUCUAUCCAGAUCUCCCAUUCCCUAUUUGAUUUUGGAUCAUGCUGUCAUUUUUCAGAGCCAACGGAUCUGUUCACUUAGAAUGACCUUUAUUCUCAUUUAUAGAGAACAAAGAACAAAAGUAAAGUCUCUAUGAUGGAGCACUAGUGACAGAUGUGGGCCUCCUCUAUAAAAGUCUGCACUGGACUGAACACAAAAAUGGCUGCCUGGCUCUGCAGAGAGCCAAGUCCUUUCAGAUUUAAAGUGGUAGUGCUCAGAAAACCAAGAAAUAAGAGUUACAUUGUUAGAUACACCACAGCUCAGCCCCUCUCUCCAGACUGAGAUGAGGCCUGCAUUUUGUAGACCUGUAUGUAAAUAACUACCACAGGUAGCAUGGGAGGGACAGUAACCUAAUUUCAACACUAUUGUCACUACAAAGCAGGUAGCUCAGACUGUCUCUAAUCUCAAAUGUUCUUCUCCCAGCUGUAACUGGGCAGCUUGUCUUCAUUGAAGGCUGUGUUCAUUUUUCUUCUAAGAAGCCAGGAUUUCCUUCCUCCCCCUACAUCACCCUCACAUCCUCCUGCUCCUGUCAGGGUUUCACCAGUGCAUUUCAUUCAUCUUUUUCUGGAUUUCAGAAAUAACUAAGACAGCUCCUCAGUGCAUCCGUCAGAAAGCUGUCAGAAAGGGAGACACCCGUCUACUCUCUGCACUUCUCUCUACUCAGAAAAAAUAACUUCUCCCACAGUCAUGGAUCAGGCAUAAUUUAAGGCAGGGGUCGGCAGCCUUUCAGAAGUGGUGUGCCAAGUCUUC